AUGGAUUUUUGCGAUAACACCACAAUUCCCACAUAUUUCUCGUACGUAAACAACGAGGGAAUUGAGUCCCAGAAGACAUACUACAAGUACUUCGUGCCGAUACUGAUCAUCGGUUGUGUCAUCAGUGUCACACUCAAUGCCCUGUUGGUGAUCGUGGGCCACACCAAGACUGUCAAUAAGUCACCGAUUCUGGUGCUAUCCCUCAAUUUGGCGACCACUGACAGCCUGGCCUCCAUAUUCAUCGCUACAGGGCUUGUGGUGAACUCAUACCUACCGGUGGUGUUGGAGGUGAAUAUGGGUCGAUCCCAAUGCACACUACUUAUCAUUGAGAUCUUCAGACUCUCAUCACUGAUCGCAUCGGCCAUGCAUUUGCUGUCAUUAGCUUUAGUCCAUUACAAGGGAAUCGUAAAACCAUUACACUAUAGUUAUAUUAGUUCGGCAAUUCUCUUUAAAGGAUAA